AUGCUGAUACUGCUAUUUUAUGUACAAAAGUAUACAUAACUGUUUAUUGUUAUCAUUCUGAAGAUUAUAUAAAAAUUUCUUUAAAUUUUAAGCGACAAGCAACCUGCUAGAAUUCAUAUUUGCCUGUGGGACCAAAAUGUAAUUCAUAAAAACCAGAACCUAGUCUAGUUUAUAGUAUCACUUCUGAAGCAUCUGCUUUAACUAAUCAUAACAGUAAUUCUUCAAACUAUUUGUUCAACAAAUCCAAUUUACAAAUGUGAGCACCCAAAGUUGACAAUUCAAUUUAUUCUAAAAUGUACCAAUCUUAUAAAAUAUUAUUGUUAUAAAUAAGCUUGUAGUUUGUUCAAUAACAACAUUUAAUGUAUCAAAGCUUCCUAUGGACAAGUAUUUAGUAAGUUAUGUUUUGUUUGUGCAAAUGCCAAUGUUGAUAUAUUUUUUUUUGGGAAUUGUUAAGAAUUACCAAAAAAGUCUGCUCAAAAUUAAAGUGCAGUGGGCUAAGGAGAAUUAAUCAGCUACUUACAACAUUAUAAAAUAGGGGUUCUCCAUCCAAAUAUGUAUUUGAAAGAGUUAUGCUAUUCAAAAAUUUGA